GCCUCUGAUUCUGGGCACUAGCCCCUCUAGAAACCUAGGUGUCCCAAUCACACCACCCCCCAGGGCUGACCCGCCUUCAGUUUUGCCACUCCCUGCCCCUGGGGCCUGUAACCAGAGCCAGGCUCCAGCCGGCUUUUCCGGUUGGAGGUUGGAGGUGGUGCCCCAAGCUCCCCUCAAGGGGGGUGGCUGGCCUCUCCGGAAGUCCUGAGCCUUGGGACGUCCUCUUGUCCAGUGGGAAAGAGCCAGGAUUGGACACCGGGACAUUGGGUGUCUGGAGUCAAGACAGCAGAGAGGGAGUGUUCAGGCUCCACGUGUGUCAAGGGUAGAAGGAGAUGCUGGGGCUCUGGGAGAAGGGAGGUCACAUGGCUAGCUGGGGGACAGCAGCCCUGUGCACAGCCCCUCUGGAGCUCUGAGAGGGCAGGCAGCUUCAUAUCGGAGCAGAUUCAUAUCCCCAGGUCUUGGGGAGCAGAAGUGGUGUGAACGGUACCUGCUUGAGGAAGGAGGCAGGAUGAUUCCGGUGGCUGAGUUCAAGCAGUUUUCUGAGCAGCAGCCAGCCUUCAAGUUGCUCAAACCCUGGUGGGACGUGCUGGCUGAAUACCUCACGGUGGCUAUGCUCAUGAUCGGGGUCUUCGGUUGCACCCUCCAGGUGACACAGGACAAGAUCAUCUGUCUGCCCAGUCAUGAACCCCGGGAGAACUUGUCAGAGGCCCCGUGUCAGCAACUGCUGCUGCAGGGGGUCUCCAAGCAGAUGGGGGGUCUCCAGGAGGUGAACGGCCUCAAGAACAACCUGGACCUGCAGCAGUACAGCUUCAUUAACCAGCUCUGCUAUGAGGAGGCCCUCCACUGGUACCCCAAGUACUUCCCCUACCUGGUUGUCAUUCACACGCUCAUCUUCAUGGUCUGCACCAGCUUCUGGUUCAAGUUCCCUGGCACCAGCUCCAAGAUCGAACACUUCACCUCCAUCCUGGGCAAGUGUUUCGAUUCACCAUGGACCACACGGGCCCUUUCCGAGGUCUCCGGGGAGAACCGAAAGGGCCACGCCGCUGGACGAGCGAUAGCAACUGUUGAAGCCCAGGCAGGACCAGGGAAGGCAGGGGAGGGUGAGAAGGAGAAGGUGCUGGCAGAGCCUGAGAAGGUGGUGACUGAGCCACCAGCCGUCACACUGUUGGACAAGAAGGAGGGCGAGCAGGCCAAAGCCCUGUUUGAGAAGGUCAAGAAAUUCCGUGUGCACGUGGAAGAGGGGGACAUUUUAUACACCAUGUACAUCCGGCAGAUGGUGCUCAAAGUCUGCAAGUUCUUUGCCAUCCUGGUUUACAACCUGAUCUAUGUGGAGAAGAUCAGCUUCGUGGUGACCUGCACGGUGGAGACCUCUAGGUUCACGGGCUAUGCCAGCUUCUGCUGCAACCACACCAAGGCCCACCUGUUUUCCAAGCUGGCUUUCUGCUACAUCUCGUUUGUGUGUGUCUACGGGGUCACCUGCCUCUAUACACUCUACUGGCUCUUCCACCGGCCCCUCAAGGAGUACUCCUUCCGUUCCGUGCGGGAGGAGACUGGCAUGGGUGACAUUCCCGACGUCAAGAACGACUUCGCCUUCAUGCUGCACCUCAUCGACCAGUACGACCCGCUCUACUCCAAGCGCUUUGCCGUCUUCCUCUCUGAGGUCAGCGAGAGCCGUCUGAAGCAGCUCAACCUCAACCAUGAGUGGACACCUGAGAAGCUUCGGCAGAAGCUGCAGCGCAAUGCCAAGGGCCAGCUGGAGCUGGCCCUCUGCAUGCUUCCAGGACUGCCUGACACUGUCUUUGAGCUCAGCGAGGUGGAGGCGCUUCGGCUGGAGGCCAUCUGUGAUAUCACCUUCCCUCCGGGCCUGUCACAGCUGGUCUACCUGCAGGAGCUCAGCUUGAUCCACUCACCCGCCAGGCUGCCCUUCUCCUCGCAGAUCUUCCUGCGGGACCGCUUGAAGGUCAUCCGUGUCAAGUGUGAGGAGCUCCGUGAGGUGCCCCUCUGGGUGUUCGGGCUGCGCAGCCUAGAGGAGCUGCACCUUGAGGGGCUCUUUCCCCCAGAGCUGGCUCGGGCGGCCACCCUCGAGAGCCUCCGGGAGCUGAAGCAGCUCAAGGUGCUGUCUCUGCGGAGCAACGCCGGCAAGGUCCCAGCCAGCGUGACCGACGUGGCUGGCCACCUGCAGCGUCUUAGCCUGCACAAUGACGGGGCCCGCCUGCUGGCACUUAACAGCCUCAAGAAGCUGACAGUGCUGCGGGAGCUGGAACUGGUGGCCUGUGGGUUGGAGCGCAUCCCCCAUGCUGUCUUCAGCCUGGGCGCCCUGCAGGAACUUGACCUCAAGGACAACCACCUGCGGUCCAUUGAGGAGAUCCUCAGUUUCCAGCACUGUCGCAAGCUGGUCACGCUCAGGCUAUGGCACAACCAGAUUGCUUAUGUCCCCGAGCACGUACGUAAGCUCCGGGUCCUCGAGCAGCUCUACCUCAGCCACAACAAGCUGGAGACCCUGCCCACCCAGCUGGGCAUGUGCUCUGGUCUCCGCCUGUUGGAUGUCUCCCACAAUGGGCUGCACUCCCUGCCACCGGAGCUGGGUCUCCUUCAGAACCUGCAGCACCUGGCUCUCUCCUACAAUGCUCUGGAGGACCUGCCCGACGAGCUCUUCUUCUGCAGCAAGCUGCGGACGUUGCUCCUGGGCUACAACCACCUGAGUUAUCUGUCGCCCCAGGUGGGGGCCCUCAGUGCCCUCAGCCGCCUGGAGCUCAAGGGCAACCGGUUGGAGGCACUGCCAGAAGAACUGGGCAACUGUAGGGGGCUCAAGAAGGCAGGGCUCCUGGUGGAGGACACCCUUUAUGAGGGCUUGCCAGCAGAGGUUCGGGAGAAGAUGGAGGAGGAGUAAAGCCAGGGAGGGGCAUGUUGAAGUAGAGGCCUUCUGGAUACUUCCGUCCCCAAAACUGCCAAUGUCUUCAAGGGAGGUGGCCAGGUGGACCCAGGCCAGGAGAGGAGGAGCAGACAUGUCAGUCUGUGGGGCCCAUGCAAGAUCCUUGGACUGGUUUGUCUGGGGAGACGGGAGUCUGUGGAUUUGGGGUAGAAUGUUAUGGAGGGAUUAACUAAGUCAUAGAAUUCUUAGACCAAAACCACACCUCUGUCUUUAGCUGGCCGGCCUGCCCCAAGCCCUGGGCCAGACUGCUGCCUCCCCCUGGACAUUCUAGCUCAAUCAGUGCAACAGAAGGGAGUGGAGAAACAUCCCAAUAGGAUUUCAAUCCUUCCCCCCCCCCCACCAAAACAGCUUAUAUCUGGGGUUCUCUCCCAAGUAGGGCACAGAUACAAGGAACCAGUACACACUGCCCUCACUUUGAUGUUAAUCCCUUAUUUUUAAGUUGAUUGCCAUGGACACCUGCACUCAGAAACAUGGGUCUCUUAUUUGGCUAUGCAUCAAAAUCAACAUUUCCAAAACAAACAUCCCAGGCGCCACCCCUGAAAGACUGACUCAGAAGCUUUGGCUGGAGGCCAGGAACUUGCCUGUAAAUAAGCACUCCAGGUAAUUGACGCAGGUGGUCCUAGGCCUGUAUGUUGGGAGAUAUCUGGAUAUCUAGAGCAGGGACUCGGAACCCUUUUUAGGUCCCUAGGCCCUUUGAGAGUCUGAUGAAAGCUGGGCACCUCCUUCUUCAUGAAAAUGCUCGUGUACAAAUUCAUGCACAAUUCUGCAAACAACUUCAGGUAGUCAACAGAUUCUGCCCCCUCCCCCAGAGGGCUAUUCAUGGAUGUCCUAAGGAUGGCAGACACCAAGUUAAGAACACCUGCUGUGGAGGGUAUAUUUUUCUGAGGACUGGCAGGGACUUUGUCUUUUGAAUGUUUCCUGUGUGAGAAAGCAUGUAUCAGUUGGUGCUUAAUAAAUAGUACUAAUUAUCAGAACUGUCAUUCUGAUCUCGUGUCCACACCUGUCGCUGUCUAAGCUUUCCAUUUCACCAGACCAAUUACAGGCAAGUGGUGACAUGUGCCACAGUCAAGGGUAUGAGUCUUUGUCCUGGGUCAGAGGCACAGAAGGGGGUGAGGAGACCUCAGCUAACCAGAAAAAAUUAGGUAGCAUCUUCUGUCUACCUUUUUUCCUGGGGAACCUCUUUUCUUGUACCUUCCCUAUUGUCCUCCUGACUCCAUACUUUUGUAUCUGCUCCACCUAUAAGUCAUCAUCAGAGGGGUCCCCUCAGCUGGACCAGGAGUGGGCAGGGCACUAGGCAGAGCCUGCCUGAACCUGACCUGAGCUUGGCCCCCUCCAAGGUAUCUGCAGAAUGCAAUCUUCCUCCUGGCACCUAAGAGCAGAGGCAAGCUGCUCUCCAUGGGCCCAGGAUUCCAGAUGGGGACAUUUUCCCAGCACCCUUCAAA